AUGCCCGGCGGUAUACACCCUCCUUUGUCUGUAGUUCUAUCAUGGCCAACACCGAACUACGUCGGCCCCGUCACGCGCCCGAAGGUCGCGACUAUACUAGCAUGCGUUCUUGGCCCUCUCACCAUGCUCCUUCUAUUCGCCAGACUGUGGGUGAGAAUCCGCAUACAACAACAUGCCGGCUUGGACGAUUGGUUGAUGAUAGCAGCGAGUGUACCGCUGGUUGCUCUGACAGUCCUCAUUCCUCUAGCGGCGGAUGUUUACCACUUCAACAAGCACGUCUGGGAUGUGCAGCCGCACUUCUACAUAAUACAACGCAAAUACGUCAUGGCGAUUGAAUCCACUUUCUGUCUUGCUUCAGGUCUGAUCAAGGUCUCCAUCCUUCUAUUUUACAAGCGUCUGGGUUCACGUGCUGUUUCGAAUACCUUCCGCUGGGCAACCAGACUUACCAUAGUCUUCAUAACGGCUAACUCUAUCGCAUUCACUCUCGUGCCGAUAUUUGGCUGCCAACCCAUCUCCGCGUUCUGGGAACAAUCCGACAUCAUAAAGGUUGCGCAGGGGUACAAGUACAAGUGCUUCAAUGAAGGCGCAGACGUUUUCUCCGCUGCCGCUAUGGAGUAG